AUGGCACUCGGAAGAUCAAUCACCAAGAAGAGCUCCAAGUACGGCUUCUCCUCCGAAAAGUCGGAGCGCCGCUCCUCGAUAUCAAAGAUCCAGAUCUCGUCGCCCGUCGAGCUGAUAUCCACCACAAACAUGAUCUCCUACACCUCGCCCUCGCUGCGCUGCUCAAUGUCCCACAGCUCCAUGUCCUCCAACGGCUCCCCCACAUCACGCAGCUUCCCCUCCUCGCCCUCCUCGCCAUCAUCGCCCUCGUCCCCCUCCUCCGGCGAAGAGACCGACCUCUCCUCCGCCGAGGACUCGUACACGCCCAAGCACAACCACCUCUCAACAUACUUCUCCCCCUCCACCGUCCCGUCGCCCCCGCCCCGCCGCAGCCACAGCGCAAAGUCCAGCAGCACCUCCUCCUCGCGGAGACGCCCCAGCAUCGACACCUCCACCUCCCCCGCCCCGCUCGCCCGCAGCCCGUCGCGGAACAAGCCGCUGUCGUCGGCGACGAUGCGCAGCGGCGGCGGCGGCCGCGCGUCGCGCUCGUGCUCAAACCCGUUCGGCGCGGAAUUGGCGAAGGUGGCGGAGAUUGCGGAGGAGAUGGGCACGGACAUUCGCGAUGCGGAGGAGGAGUUCAUGUACAUGCACGGCCUGCACAAGUUCUCGGCGGUCGACUAUGCGAGCGAGAUUGGAGGCGUGUUUGAGGAUGAGCUGCCGGUGAUGGGCGCGGGAUGGAUAUGA